AUGUCACGGAAAUUUUGUCCAGGGAGUGUAAAUCCAAUUGCUCGUGAUUAUGAUUUUGCAUUGAAAAUCACCUAUGAAAUGUCAAAAGUUACUUUUUCCUGUGAAGAUGAUAGAAGAGAGAGUUUUAAAAAUUGUUUUUACAAGACAUAUAAAAUGUCACUUAACCAAUACACUUUUGGUAGUAAUAAUAUCACUACAGAUGGAACUAUAUUUGGGGUCCUUAUCAAACCCAUAAAUGGUAAAGUUGUCUUUAUAGAUUAUGAUUGGGUUGACGAGAAUGGAAAAGCAACAUAUCCUCCAUUCCUGAACCUUGGUAUUCCUCGUCAUCAUGAUGCCAGUCCAGGUGGUCGCAUUGUGAAAGAACAUGACGAAUUUAUGGUGAACAGAUACAAACAUUGA